UCCCCCCCCCCCCAAGUUGUAAAGUCCGGCUCCGCCUCCGAUAUAAACACACUGCUGCCUCACCUUUACUACUGGUACAGGAGCUGUUGACUGGUUCUUGAUUGUGUUCUUCAUAAGCUUCAUGGUCAUAGUAAAAUAUGAAGAGGGCUAUGCCAUGGAGUGAUGAGGAAGAAGAUUUGUCCUCCAAUGAGUCUUCAUCCUCGCCUUCAGACUCUGAAGCUGAAGAUGGGGUUGGCAAGAAAAAGGCAAAAGAUCAGUCCAAAGCUGGCCAAACUUCCAAAGAAAGGACAUCUAAAGUUAAAUCUGGAAAGCAAAAGACUGGAGUCGUGGACUUUGAUGAAUUGAAGCGUCAUGGCUAUAAAGGUGGACCAUCAGUCUUGAAAGUGCCUCCACCCAAAGGCUUGGAUGACACGAAGCAAGACUGGUCAUGGUCUACUGGCAAGGAAAGUCGUGAAACUAAGGAGAUUGAGGAGUCUUAUGAAGACCGACAGAAAACAAGAGCUGCAUUAGCCUAUGGUGAGGAGCUGGCGAGGGUGGAAACUCGGAAAGAGAAGAACCUCUCUUUCUCUCAGAAGGAAAAGAGGAAAAGAGAGCUGGGGCAGGCUAGCAGGGGAAAGAGUUAUGUAGAAGAAGAAAAGAGGAUGUUAAGGGAGAGUGGCAUCUAUUCUGGUUUUGAUACUUGAUCCACGAUGCUUGUUGCAAUGUGUUUGACUAUGUCAUGUAGAAUAUUUGGAAACUUAGCUUUUCAUUUGUAGGGUCAUUAUUGAAUUAAAACGAUUGGGUUGUUGCCACUGAAAUAUAUGAUUUAUGGAGCUUCCGAUCUUGGAAUGCA